GGCGGUGGUAGCCGGGGGUGCGGGCUGGCUCUGCCUGCCAGCGGCUUUGGGGCGUCCGCCGCACGCCGCCUCCUCUUAACGGGCGGGUAGAAGCGUUUGGGUACGUCUGCAGGCAGCCCCGAAGCGGAUUAUUGCUGAGGCAGCGCUGUGGCAUAAUCCCGUCUGGACAGAACGCUUCGGAGGCAGUCGGCACAUCGGAACAUCUCCGCACAGCUCCGGUGCCGUGCUGCCAUCAUCGGUUUUAACAAACGUCUGCCGUAGUUUUAGUGGUUUUAUGGGGUCAGCCCCCGCUUCGUGGUCCCGAUCGGUGGGGAUGGAGGUGGUGCGAGCAACGUGCCCGCAGCGUAGUGCAAAGGAAGAGAAACGUGAGGAGAAAGUGGGGUGGGACCCAUUGCCCUCCCCUCUCGUGGGAGUUCUGCUGCGUGACAGUGCUGAGGUCGCCUUUCUGCUCCGUGUUCCUUCCGUCCUCUAGUCGUACUGGCCUUACUCCUGUCUCGUUCUCAAAGCAGAACAGGAAAAUAAAGAGAAAUACUGCUCUCAGCAGCCAUCCGGAGGUGCGUUUGGUUCUAAUUCCAGCUAUGUUUGAGCUGUGAAAGCUUACACUGCUUGGUAACCCUGUCAGUGAGGGUACAGUGUCAGGAGGGAAGGCUGUAGGUAACGUUGCGGCCGAGAAGGGCAGCUCUGUGCACCUCCUUCCCAUCCUCCCGUUACCUCCUUUCAUUGCCUCUCGAUGUGAGUGCCUGCGUGGCUGCCCGGCUCCCUGCUGGCAGCGCUCGGCGCUGGGUGGAAGCGCAGUGAGCACAGGCUGUGUGUAAGCAGGAGCGGCAGGCCCGCCCAGCUGGGCACUGCUCGGAUUCCAGGCUUUGCAGCAGCUUCUGAAAGUGUGCCCGAGGCUGCAGUUCCUUGGACAGAAUACCCAUUUCUGAGAGGAACAGCAAAGAAACAUAAGUACAAAAACUGAUGGACCACUACAUCUUCCAAAAUGAGCCUAUUGAUGCGUUUCUACUGGAAACUAGCAUGUCUUGAAGAGAGAAGAAUUCGGUGCUGGGCUGUCUUGAGCAUUACCUGUGGUGCAGCUUCAGGGACCAGCUUGGUUUACCUGACUUGAAGAGUCACAUGUACAGCAAGCCAAGGGGACAUGGGCUUUCAGUGCACCUGGAAGAAUGUUCAGGUACUGGCUCCAUACAUCACCUCUGAAUUGCCCUGUUCUCUAAGUUCCAGCUCAGCCCAUCUCCUUGAUGCACACUCACGGCAUCAUGGCCAGUACUCAGGAUCGCCUGAGCUUGUCUUCCUCUCCGAACUCCAUCAGCAAAGCUUUCUGUGAGGAUAAAGACUUUGGCAGGCUACACGAUGAACGUGGGCCUACUGGAAGCCACCCGUCCCCCGAGCUCAUAGAGGAUAUGCGUGAGAAAGGCUUGCUGCAGUCAGACCUCAUGGACAACGUGAGCAGCCCGGUCACUGCAGCCGUGCUGACCAGCAUCAGUGAGGACUCUAGGGACCAAUUUGAGAACAGCGUGCUGCAGCUGCGAGAGCAGGAUGAAUCUGAAACGGCCAUUCCUCAGGGCAACAGGAGCACUAUGGAUGGAGAGAGCAACAGCGGGGCGGACGAUGUUAAAGUGCAGUUCAACAGAUCAGGCAGUGGGAGCGGUGGGUUUCUGGAGGGUCUUUUUGGCUGUCUCAGGCCUGUGUGGAACAUCAUAGGCAAGGCGUACUCCACGGACUACAAACUGCAGCAGCAAGAUACGUGGGAGGUCCCGUUUGAGGAGAUCUCGGAGCUGCAGUGGCUGGGCAGUGGUGCACAGGGAGCCGUCUUCUUGGGCAAGUUCCGAGCUGAGGAGGUGGCCAUCAAGAAAGUGAGAGACCAGAAUGAAACGGAUAUCAAGCACCUGCGGAAACUCAAACACCCCAACAUCAUCGCCUUCAAGGGAGUCUGCACACAAGCCCCAUGCUACUGUAUUAUCAUGGAGUAUUGUGCACAUGGGCAACUCUACGAAGUCUUGCGAGCGGGGCGGAAAGUCACUCCUCGGCUGCUUGUGGAUUGGUCCACUGGGAUUGCUAGUGGGAUGAAUUAUCUGCACCUUCACAAAAUCAUCCAUCGAGACCUCAAGUCACCAAAUGUUUUAGUUACACACACGGAUGCAGUUAAAAUCUCAGAUUUUGGUACAUCUAAAGAACUCAGUGAUAAAAGUACCAAAAUGUCUUUUGCGGGAACUGUGGCUUGGAUGGCCCCCGAGGUGAUACGCAAUGAGCCUGUUUCUGAAAAAGUGGACAUCUGGUCAUUUGGAGUAGUUUUGUGGGAGCUGCUUACAGGAGAGAUUCCCUACAAAGAUGUGGACUCCUCUGCCAUCAUUUGGGGAGUGGGCAGUAACAGCUUGCACCUUCCUGUUCCUUCCACCUGCCCAGAUGGCUUCAAAAUCCUCAUGAAGCAGACCUGGCAGAGCAAACCCCGGAAUCGUCCCUCCUUCCGACAGACACUGAUGCACCUGGAUAUUGCAUCUGCUGAUGUGCUGGCUACUCCUCAGGAAACCUACUUCAAAUCACAGGCUGAAUGGAGAGAAGAGGUGAAGAAGCAUUUUGAGAAGAUUAAAAGUGAAGGAACCUGCAUCCACCGGCUAGAUGAAGAAUUGAUUCGCCGUCGAAGAGAAGAGCUGAGGCACGCUUUGGAUAUCCGUGAGCACUACGAGAGGAAGCUGGAGAGAGCCAACAACUUAUACAUGGAGCUCAGUGCUAUUAUGCUGCAGCUGGAGGUCCGUGAGAAGGAGCUCAUAAAGAGGGAGCAAGCAGUGGAAAAGAAAUAUCCUGGGACUUACAAACGCCACCCAGUCAGACCAAUAAUCCACCCCAAUACUGUGGAGAAGCUGAUGAAGAGGAAAGGGGUCUCCCAUAAACCAGGCAGCCAGACUAAACGACCAGAUCUGCUGAAGUCAGAGGGCAUACCCAGUGCAGAAGCAGCAUCCAAUGGCUCACCAGUCUCAGGAAGCCCCAAAAUGUCAACUCUGAGUGGCAAAAGUCGCUACCGCAGUAAGCCACGUCACCGCCGAGGGAACAGCAAAGGCAGCUACAACGAUUUUGCAGGGAUCUUGAAAAACCAGCCUGUGCAAGAUGAUGCACCCCCACCUCCACCUCAUAAUCACUCUCAUCACCCCGGUCUACCACAGCAGCACGGCCACGGCCAUCACUCACGGCUUCAUGCCCACGGACAGGAUAUUGCCAACUGUGCAAACAACUUACGGUACUUUGGCCCUGCAGCAGCGCUGCGGAGCCCCCUCAGUAACCAUGCACAAAGGAGGAUGUCUGGUUCCAGCCCCGACCUCAUCUCCACUGCCAUGGAAGCGGAUUGCCGGAGGAAUCUAGAGAGCAAAGAGAGCAAAGAUGAUCACUGGGAGUGUUGCAAAACAGAUCAGUACAACUCCUGUCUCCAGUGCAGGGAGGAGGACAGUGGUCAGGUACAGAUGUCAUCUGUUGAAACAGGAGUGAGCCAUUCUCAGUCCCCGACGGCUGUUUCCCUAUAUGAAAAUGCGCAGUACAUUGAGAAGAUGGAGGAAGAGGACUUCAGCAACUGCACCUCAGCAUCUGCCCUAGGCACACCACAGCACAUGGCUUCCUCAGUACUACCUUGCAAAGCAAGACCCAUUCAAAAGAGUGGCGAUGACUCCUCAGAAGAGGAAGAGGGCGAAGUCGACAGUGAAGUGGAGUUUCCUCGUAGACAAAGACCUCACCGCUGCAUUAGUAGCUGCCAGUCCUACUCAACCUUCAGCUCGGAGAACUUCUCUGUGUCAGAUGGAGAAGAGGGGAACACCAGUGAUCACUCCAACAGCCCGGAUGAGCUGGCUGCCAAGCUGGAAGAUGAGCUGGCUGAGAAGCUGGAGGACAUGUUGUCCCAGACUCCAGAGAUCCCCAUUGAAAUCUCCACCCAGUCUGAUGGGCUUUCAGACAAAGAGUGUGCUGUGCGGAGAGUCAAGACUCAGAUGUCUCUGGGGAAACUCUGUGCAGAUGAACACAGCUGUGAGAACCCAGCGCAGUUUGGAGAAGCACAGUUUGGAGAAUCAGACUGUGACUCUUCUGAAGGGGAGUGUUCUGAUGCCACAGUCAGGACCAAUAAGCCCUGCAGCUCUGCUACUUGGUAAUACAGAUCCUCCCCCAAAGCUUUCUGGUACUGGCAUUUUGAUUUCCCCGAGAUUCCACUUCAUUCCCCUUCAUCACGCUUUACAGGAAGAGAAGAUGUUUCUCCUUCCCACCCCAGGAGUGAUUUGCAAUAACCUGAAUCUCUGGAAAAUGUCCAAAUGAAAUUAAUUCUCUUUGAGCAUUUCAAUCAAGAAUGGCAGGGAUGUAUUUUAUCGAAUAAUCUAGUUACUGUAACAUGGAUAUUUAUUUUUUUGACAUUUUAACACUUUUUACUGUAAAGAGUGGAUUGUAUUUAUAGACACACAGACUUGUUGCAAAAAAAAAAAAAAAAAGAAAAAAAAAAAGAAAAAAAUUCAGAAAGCAAGCACAUGACAGAGAAACAUCCUGGGAGUCCUGCCUGGACAGCUUUGUGUACAGAGCAGGGGAUUCUCUUGCUGCUUUCACAGGGGACCAGGCCUCACGGCCCUGAAGAUUGGAGACCAGAUGAAGAAAACUAAACUACUCUGUCUUAUCACAUGAGGAAGUGUAAAAAAGACCUUACUGCAAGGUAACCUGUGAACAAAGCGAAUUCAGUAUAACCAGCUGGGUCAUUUUUUUAAUCAGAAGGUGGACGUGUUGUUCCUGGAGAAAACUGGUACUGAGGUGCUAACAUCCAGGGUCUUCUGAGUCAAUGCAUCCCCAGGAAUGUAAUAAUGGGUUUUAUUUUAAGGGUUUUUAGUUUCUUUUUUUAAUCAACAUAUGGUUGUGAGAUCCUGCAAAUGUAUUCUAACCUCGUCCUCUCAAGAAUUGGUGUAAGAGCACUUCUUAACAUCGUCCUUGCUUCACUCUGGCAGCGUUGACCUCCAGUUGAGCAGGGAAUCCUCUUUCAGAUGCAGUGUGCCAUUUCCCAGUUUACUUCCUCCUCUUACCUCCUGUCUGUUUCAGUCAGCUAAAGAAAUCAAUCAAAUCAGUGUUGGAAAAGCAAGAACUUGGAGAGCACGUUCUGCAGAGCCCGAGCACUCUUCUGGGGAGGAAACUGGAGAUGCCUGUGCUGGAUUUGGAGAAGCAGCCUCUCACCUACAACAGCAUCAGUAACCAGCAGAGAGCUGUGUGUUGGGGGGGAAGACUGGGAAUUGCUGGCCUAGAUACGAGCAUCAGCCCUGCUCCAUCUCCUUACUGUGUGUUCUUGGAAGCAUUCUGCCUGCCCUUCAUGUCAGGCUUGGUGCAAAACAGGUUGCGCAGGGAACCUUGUGGCUGUGGCACAGCUGUGUCUCAGGUGUACCCUGAGGCCCCUGUUUCUUCUUCGAGCUGAAACUCUACAGGUGAAAGCGAGGAUAAUACUGCUAUGUGGACAGGCCGAGGAGGCAUUGGCAGACGAGAAAAGUUUGUUCUCUGAUAGAACUCAUAGUGCCUUCCCUUCAAACACUACUCUUCUAAAUCGAUAUUUAAAGAGAACAAAAUGAUAGAGCACGCCCUCCCCUCCCUUCCCUUUAGCUGAUCUUCCCCUACCAGAGCUUUCACUCUGCCCUUCGUAGCGUGCUGGCUGACACAGCCGGUGCUGCCCUGCAGCCUGGCACACCAGCCUGAGAUGAACGGCAGGAAUGGACCAUGGACAGGUACUUCUGUUGCUUUGUUUGUUUACAUUUUAUGUUAACAUAUUGGUUUGAAUUUAUCUGUGGUAAUUUAUAGCCUCGUGGCAAAAUGAAGGAAAAUGUCUUAUACAGAGAGCAGUAUUGUAUGAGUUAAAUUAUCCCAUAUUUUAAAAUUUUGUAGCUGGACUACACACAGAUCUUAAGUUAUGAUGUUAUUUUAUUAUUUAUUAUCAUUUCUGUAGAUCAGAAGGUUGGCUUCACUGCUAGCACAAUUGUAAUCUGUUUGCGUGACGUUACUUUCUCCCUGGUCACUGGGAGAGAUGGGAGCAGAGCUGGUCUCAGUGGCUGUCAGUAGCUGCUGCCUCCCAUGCUUCUCAUGGGUGCUGUCACCCUAGGGCAGGGAACCUGGCACAGCUGGUCGGGGUGGGAUGGCUGCAGUCAGCCUGAGCCCAGGGUAUUCCUUGUGGGGAUGCUGCAGUUCCUUGUGUUGCUGGUUGAGUUGGCAGCCCGUGAGCUGGUGGGGAGCAGUGACCAGGGAGCGAGUGGCUGUGGUGUUGGUCACAAAGGGAGUAACCUUUACAGAUCCCCAGAAGGACAGGCAGAGAAGUGGGCAGUUACUGCUGGCACAUGGUGCAUCUCUGCUGCAGGACUGUCAGGUUGUGGAGAGAUCAGCUCACGCUGCCUGCAGCAGCAAUGCUCAGCUCUGCACCGAGACGGAGCGUGGAGGGGAGUGAAGCUCUUGUCUGGUUUGUUUCUUGUUUACUCUCUCUUCCAUCACUGAUUCUUCCACCCAAAGGCCUCUCUCAUGGCUGGCGGUAUGUGAGGUGGCAAGACUUUGCUGUUGUGGUGUGGGAGGUUUUGGUGCAGAUGAGGUGCUACAGAUAGUUACCCAGCAAGCUGGAGGCUAGGGCAUGAGAACUGAGCGGUGCAGAAUUGUGCAUGUAACAUACGCACACAAAGAAAAAGAUCAAACUACUCCAUAGAGAGAGGUUGAGAGCUCCCCUUCACAUCUACCACCGUACCCCCAAGCAGUCCUGCAGCAAUAGGCCCACAGCACAGCUGCCUCCAGCUCAGGCCUAUCUCAGUCUCUGUGCUUCAGUCCGUGCUAACUCUGUCCCUACCAAGAUGAUCCUAUGGGGCUUUUGGUAGCUGCAGCCUCAGCUCAGAGCUUCUCAAUGCGCUGAAACUCCUCUGGGCCCACAGAGAUGCGGAUGCCUUGGUGUGUGGGAUCUGGGGACCUUCCUGGCCAGCUGUCCUGGUGGAGCAGUGGUUGCUCCCUGCCUCGCCCUGGGACACGCUGGCCUGUUUUGCAGCUGGAGGAGCAGAGCUGAACCCUUCUGGUUGGCUGCUGCAAACACUGCAGCCACUCUGGGGCCUGGUUUCUUGCAUGUCACACCGUUACGUCCAGCUUCUCUGCUCCUCGUAGCUGCGGCCUACAAUGCAGUGUCCCUCUGGGGCUGCCACUAGGGCUGCCCCUUCCUUGUGUGAACACACAGCCCUGUACCCCACGUGUGGCUGUGCAGGGGGCUGAGCAGUGCUCUGCAUGGUGCCACUGGCCCAGAUCUGCGCAUGGACUGCGAUGCGUCGCUGCAGUUCUGUGCACUUCCUUGCAGUAACGCCGUGUUUGCAGGACAGAAGUAAACUGUGUUCCCUUUCCAGCAUCCUGACUUCCCUGAGCCAGUUCUCGUGGCUGCUGACAGCUCCUGAACACUAGCCUAGAUUUUUCUCCCAAUGCUGAAUGUUGCCUUCCCCACUGUCGUGUUGAGUAACCAUUUCAUCCUGGCCCUGUCCAGUAGUGUUCAUCUCUCUCCUCCCUGCUCUGCGGAUUCCUGAUACAAACUUGAUUUUUUUGUAUUGAACAGUGUACAGUGAUGGAAACAAGAAUGACUAUCAAAGCAAACAAUGCAUGGAAUAAAAAGCCAGUGUACUUCAA